UUCUUGUCAUGCUAUUAGGGGGUUUGACUUCUUCUCAGGAGGCAGUGGGAGAUGAAUUGUCGGACUUUUUGAAAAAAUAUAUGGGUUGGGAGUUAAAACAGAACACGAUAGCACAAUUGAGCUACUCUCCACUUCUAAACAGCCGUCACCAUCUUCCUGCUAUAAAACCCAUCUGGGGUCGUUCGGUUUAUGGCACCUUCGGGGUGCCCAUCAAAGAAUGACACUCUUUUGUCUGUCAUUAUAACACUUUUCACAUCGAGUUGAAAAAUGUGCUUGCCUACCUGGCUGUCUGUUUACGUGUACGUGUACGUGCGCUCGCGCCUUAUUGGUCAAGUACUGAUGACGUAAGAGGUAAUGCUUCCAAGAACUUGUGACCAACGACAGCGUGGUAUUAGCGUCACGUGUUUAGUCUCUCCUGGGGCACCCAGCGGAGACUACCCAGCGGGCGGAUCUUCAUCUGGCGAACGUAGUUGUCCACGGAUCGGGCCCAACUUUUUAUUCCGAGCCACCUUUGUGAGUCAUCGUCUUUGGGCGGCAACUUAUCAAGCGAAUUCGGAAGCAACAUUUCAAGUGCCAUACAUCAAUCGGAGUAGGAAAUUCUGCAGGCUUUUUGGAGGCGCAACUUAAAAAUGCAAUCAAGUGGAGUUACAUUCUGUUAGACUGAACUGCCAAAGAAGUGGAGUUAUGAACAGACAUGCUGUUGGGCCUCUACAUCCCUUCCCCCGUCAGUUUGACACUGUUGAUGAGCUUCUAGAGUACUACUGGAGGAGAGGGUACCAAUAUGCUGAAAUAUCACAACUGCUGUUGAGAGUUCACAACAUUAACCUUAACGUGAGGCAGAUCAAGUACAGAUUCAAGAAGUUGGGAUUGUUGAGGUAUGGUGGCGCUGACCCUGAUGAUGCUGUGCGCAGGGCAAUUCAGGAAGAGCUGCAGGGACCCAACAAGCAUUAUGGGUACAGAAGAAUGCAUAGGUGCCUGGUCAGAGACCAUGGUUUAAACGUCAGAAGGAUAACUGUGCAACAUAUCCUGAGAGAGGAGGACCCAGAGGGGUCUGAACAAAGGAGACGACGUCGUCUUUCCCGGAGACAAUACUUUAGCUUGGGCCCAAAUAUGACCUGGCAUAUAGAUGGAAACGACAAACUGAGACCAUAUGGCUUUUGCAUUCAUGGCUGCAUCGAUGGUUACAGCAGGCGCAUCUUAUGGUUGAAAGUUGGGCCAACCAACAAAUGUCCUAAGGUGGUUGCUGGAUUCUACCUUGAUACUGUAUGCCAGCUAGGAGGCUGCCCAUUAGUGGUAAGAAGUGAUCCGGGCUCAGAAAAUGUUGUUGUUGCUGCCAUCCAGGGCACAUUUCGUGCCACUGGUGAUGAUGAAUAUUCCGGCCCCAGAAGCCACCAGUAUGGGAAAUCUGUCCAUAACCAGCGAAUCGAAGCAUUUUGGUCACAUCUCAAGCCAAAACUGGUGUUUUGGAUACAAGUUUUCCAGGGCUUGGUUGACGAUGGAGACCUGGAACUUGGAAAUAGCAUUCACACCUGGUGUCUCCAGUUUUGCUUCAUGCCCAUUGUGGCAAGAGAUCUGAACAGCUUUGCAGAAGACUGGAAUGACAGGAGAAUCCCACCACAUCACAGCGCAUCAGUGCCUGCAGGACGACCAAAUAUACUGCACUUCCUACCAGAGCAGACAGGAGGUCGAGAUAUGCUGCAGGUUGUUCCCGGUGGGAUGCUGCGGGCAGCAAGAUGUCAUUGCAAGCCAUACAGUAUGGUUGGAAAUGAGAGUUUCCAGAGGUACGCAGGAGAGAUGCUGACUAGAAUGGACAGAACAACUCCAAACAGCAUCAUUGAAGCACUUGACUUGUACAGAGAACUUGUGGUAAUAGCAACUGCAAUGUAAAGUCUAUGCCGGUGCCAUAAAUGUAAAUAACACAUGAAAUAAGAUACAACUAAGUUGUCAUUUCACCUGGUAAUAGAGUCACAUUGUAACUAUUUAUGGCAAAUGCUGUAGCUGAUUUAUGGAUUCCAUGUAGAAACCCACAGGAAACUGUUACAACCAUAUAAUAGUGUUAUGGAUUCUCAUUUCUUUAACUUCUAAAAAAUAUAACACAGCUUAUAUAUCUUCAUGUGCUUUUUGAUUGAUACUGAAUUAGAAAAUUUAUAACAGAGUGGCAAUGUAAUUCCGAACAUUAAUCAUGUAGCAGGUGAUGAGAGACCUUUGCAUAAUGAGAAAUAGGUCAGAGGUCAGUCCCUAUGGACGCCCAUCCCUUCCGAGGUCUCAGCGACAACCAUCCGUUUUUGACUUUCAAAGCUCCUUUCUGAACAUUUUUGUCAGCCAAACCAAAACAAUUAAGUAUCUUGAUGCUCUUUCUACCCUUACUGGUUAUAACCUACACGAUUGACUAUCCAAAGUACAAGAAAAUUUAACGAGAUUAUUGCUGGGAGAAGCUGGUAGGGAGGGCGCCCUCUCAAUCAGCGUAUGGUAAGCUAGAACCAAGUAACAUACAAUUUUGUCAUCUUUUCUUGUGUAUGAAAAUAUUGUUCUUAGCUGAGACUGUCGAAUAAAAUGUAUAAGUAUUAUGUAAUUUUAUUCAGUUUGCCUAUUAUUCACGUUAUAAGCCUUUGAAUAAUCCAGAAAAUCGAAACACGGUACGGCAAGUUAGCUCUAUUUGAGCAUCGCCUUGUAAAAUUGUUCACUAAAAUUGUUCACUAUCGUUCCUCCUCAUGAUGUGAAAGCAUGGGGAUUGACUUGUGUAUAUAUCGAAUCAGAAUCCGCACUUUUAGACCAAUUUCUAAACAAAUGGCGGGAAAACGAGAGGUAAAGUACCGGCAGGCCUGUUUUGCACAACAACAAUGGCAACUCUUGUUAGUACUCACCUGCUGCGUAACUACAGACUGGAAUGACUGGAAUCACUCAGUAUCAACCAACCCCAGACUUAACUCAGCACCAUGAUGUACACGGCUAAUUCUGGGCCCGAUAUUUUUUUAUUGUUACUCAGUACGGAAGGGCUUGAUGACAAUCGCUCAUCUCAAUGCUAGAAGUUUGUUACCCAAGUUACACGAGCUCAGAUCCCUUUCAUCCACACUGAAUAUUGACUUGUUUUGUAUACAUUUAGGUGAAACCUGGUUAAGUAGUGAAAUCAAAGACUGCGAUCUUGAAGUAGAAGGUUACAAUUUGUACCGUAAAGAUAGGAAUCGACACGGAGGUGUAACGAUUUACGUAAGUGACCUUUUGUAUAGCAAUAGGCAUAGCAACUUAGAAAACGAUGAUGUUGAAUCUGAAAUUAUAAAAUUCCAUGUAAACAUUCCAGUUAAUUGCACGUACCGACCACCUUUGUCAUACAACGUGCAUCCUGAGUGUAUUAAAUGACAAGA